AUGAAAUAUUUGAUAUUAUUAUCAAUUAUUGUAGUAUUACUACUUUCUGUCACUGAUGCAAGAGACAGCAGUCAUAGUAGUAGUAGCGGUAGCAAAUCAAAAACUAAAGUAAAAGUACAUGAAGUAGAGAAAUUGGUAGAGAAUCAACUGAGAGUAGCUACCACUUGUAAUUGUACAGAUAAUGGUUUGUACUGUGGGUCGGCAGUACCAAGCUCUGUCGGUGGUAUGUGUGGAGGUUUAUUGGCAAACGGUCUCUACAGUUGUGUUACAAGAGGACAAGCACCGCUUCUCAAAGAGACGUGUACCAAUGGAUGUCAGAUCAAUCCCGAUGGUAUCCUAGACACUUGUGUGGCACAAGAUAAAUCGUGCGUCUGUCCCGACAAUGCUGAUCACUGUGGUUCAACACUCAAGGCCAGCAAUAACGAUUGCUUUUACCUGGCAGACGACGCUCUGUACCAAUGUCAGGCUGGAUACUACCCCAUCCACCGUUGGCAAUGUCCCAACGGAUGCAAGAUCAACGGAGCCAAGCUCAACGACACUUGCGACCGUGGAGAAUCAAAUGUUGUCGGUCUCACCAAGGUCAAACACAUUAUCAUCUUUAUGCAAGAGAAUCGUGCCUUUGAUCAUUAUUUUGGUACCAUGAAGGGUGUCUGUGGUUACAAUGAUCCAUCACCUCUAAAGACCAGUGUCGGUAAUUCAAUCUUUUACCAACCUGAUCCAAAUUCACCAGACUCCAAAAAUGGUCAAACCUAUACUCUUCCAUUUGAAAUUACUGGUCCAAAAGCUGGUUGUACUCUUGGAGGAUCAAAUACAUGGGGACCAAAUCAUGAUGGAUGGAAUAAUGGUACAAUGGAUAAUUGGCCACUUGGAAAUACACCAGCAUCGAUGGGUUAUUUAACAAGAAAGCAAUUACCAUUUUAUUUUGAAUUGGCCGACCAAUUUACUAUUUUGGAUCAAUACUUUUCGACUGUUAUGACUUCGACCAAUCCAAAUCGAUUGGUUUUGUGGACAGGAUCAAUUGAUGCCCGUCAUGAGACCUCACCAGGUCCAGUUAUUGAUAACACUGAAACUGUUCCAUUCACAUGGUUGACCUAUCCAGAGGUACUUGAAAAGGCUGGUAUCACAUGGCGUGUCUACCAAGGUGUUGACAAUUUCGAUGACAAUGCUUUGGAAUGGUUUAAACAAUUCCAAAACCUCUCCAAGGAUGACCCAAUGUACAUCAAUGGUGUAUCAAAUUGGGGUAUUGAAGCUUUCCUUAAAGAUGCUCUUGAUGGAAACUUACCACAAGUCACUUGGGUUGUUGGUCCACAAGAAUUAUCUGAACAUCCAGAUAACGGACCAAUGGCAGGACAAUGGUUAUCACAACAAAUCAUUCAAGCAGUAGUUAAUUCAAGUCAUUGGGAAGAGACGGUAUUGAUUAUGGAUUAUGAUGAACCAGGAGGUUUCUUUGAUCAUUUUGCUCCACCAGUUGCUCCAUUUGGCACGUUGGAUGAAUGGGUCAACCUCAAUGGUACUGUAGCACCUGUAGGAUCAGGUCUUCGUGUGCCAUCGUUUAUGAUCUCGCCAUGGUCGACUGGUGGCCACGUCUACUCGGAGCCAACCGAUCACACCUCUGUCAUUAUGUUUGUCGAGCAAUGGGCUAUUGCCAAUGGUUUCGAGCCAGAGGAUGUCAUGCAUCCACUCAUCUCAACCUACCGUCGUAACUUCUUUUCCGACUAUACCAGAUCACUCGACUUUUCGUGGGCCAACAGCUCCGUCCCCGACCUUCCAGCUAUCCCCGUGCCAUCGCGUAACGUCAAUGGUACAUGGGACCCCACUCAAGAGUGCGAGGGUAUUCCAGGCGCAUUCCCAGUCGUCCCAUACGGCAACCAGACCUAUCCACCCGUCGAGACUGGGUUCAGACCAGUACGUGGAUCUAAUCCAGGUCAAGGCCGUAUCUAUGUCUUUGAGAUGAAGAGUCAGACUGGAUGGGCCAUCGAAGCAUUGUCGAGUCAAAUAUUUAUGUCUCAAAUGCCACCAACCCUCAACCAACAGUCACAAUACUUUUUGCAAGUUCCAUCUACCAGCAAGCAAGGUUACGACAUUAUGACCUAUCCCAAACAACUCAUGUACCAAAUGUGUCUUACCGGCAAGGGUGUAUUGGUUGAUUGCACCCAAGGGUCUCACAACACCUGGUACAUUAUCGAUCAAACCAAUGGCCAAGGUUCCGUCUUGUACAAUAUCCAAAAUCAAAAAUAUCUCACCUAUACUCUUCGUAAUGGAUUCGAUUUGGUUGCUCAACCACAAGUUUCCUUUAACAUUUUCUCUGUUACCGUUUAA